UGGGAAUUGUUUUUGCUUUCUCCACAGACGGGCAUGCUCUCAUCUGAUCUGGGCCAUCACUGAGCCAAGGCAAAGAGUGAAGGAGGAAAAAAUAAACUCCACCACCAUGUGCUACGGGAAAUGCGCACGAUGCAUUGGAUAUUCUCUGGUGGGGCUCGCUGUCCUCUGCAUUGUGGCUAAUAUUUUGCUUUACUUUCCCAAUGGGGAAACAAGGUAUGCUACUGAAGACCAUCUCAGCCGCUUCGUGUGGUUCUUCUCCGGCAUCGUAGGAGGAGGCUUGCUGAUGUUCCUGCCGGCAUUCGUCUUCAUUGGGCUGGAGCAGGAAGACUGCUGUGGCUGCUGCGGCCACGAAAACUGCGGCAAAAGAUGCGCGAUGCUUUCCUCUGUACUGGCCGCUCUCAUCGGAAUUGCAGGAUCUGGUUACUGCGUCAUUGUGGCAUCGCUGGGCUUAGCGGAAGGACCAAAAUGUCUUGAUGCCAGUGGCCAGUGGAAUUACACGUUUGCCAGCACUGAGGGAAAUUACCUUCUGGAUACCUCCACAUGGUCCCAAUGCAUUGAACCCGAGCAUGGAGUGGAAUGGAAUGUCUCUCUGUUUUCUAUCCUCUUGGCACUUGGUGGAAUUGAAUUCAUCUUGUGUCUCUUUCAAAUAAUAAACGGAGUGCUUGGAGGCAUCUGUGGUUAUUGCUGCUCUCGCCAACAGCAAUAUGACUGCUAGAAGAACCACCCCAAGACAAAACCACAAUCUUCCUCAAUGUCACUGUAAUUUAUAUAUUUUACUUGUAUUAAUUUGUAAAACUUUGUACUAGUGUAUCAUACACCACAUAUUCUACUUUUAUAAAUGUGUAUAAAGACUGGCAUCUUCAUGUGCUGUCAGUAUUUGAUUUCAGCAAAGAAAUUAUUUUAUUUUAUUUUUUUUAGGAAUAAGAAAAUAAACUACACUCUGGAGGUAAUUCACAGACUGAGUGACAGUUCUCAGCCUACCUGAGAUAAACUCUGGCUGAGGUCAUGUUUUUGAGAAACGUUACAAAGAUAAACACCACAUUCCGAUUACUAUUGUAUAUAUUUAUAUGUGCACGUGUUUAUUAAAUGAAAGAUUUCUAGUUGCCUUUUUUAAGACCAUUAAGGAGAAAAUCAAACAACCUGAAAAGAUAUAUUUUUUCACUGUUUAUAUGGUGUUUCCCAUUGGUAUGCCUGCAGAUCUCUAAGUGGCCUUUUGAACUGUUUCAUGCUAUGAAAGAGACAGAUACUUCCCCGGAGUCGGGGGGACAGAUUGAGAAUGCUUGAAUCCAAAUGAAUGAGUCAAAAUAUACAAUGCAGCGAGUUGCUGCAAGGACUACCAGAUUUUUCUAACACAUGGAAAGAUUUUUGUCCUUCAAAAACAAGACUAAGGAUCAUGGACUUAAAAAGAGAAAGGCCUGGGGAAUUGGACAAGAAGAAAGAUGGGAAACGGAAUAAAGCAGUUGAGCAGCAUCAUGGGGACAUGGGGGAGGAGGGGCAGGAGGACCAUGAGGAAAUAACCCCCCAAAUUUGCUCGUUUAAAUACAACAAAUAAAGUAUUGACUACCA